AUGAAAGGGAGUGACUUUGUGUAUGAUAAAGGUGGUUCGGAUAUGAGGCGCCAAAGGGAGCCCCGAGCUUCGGCCACCGCUACCUGUACUCUUUUCUGUGGGGAUACGCUCGGACCCUGGGUACCCUCACACCCCGACACCCUGCCACUCCAGCAGCAGACAGCACAGCGGGCCACGCCGCCGCAACACGUUCAAGCGUUACUCUAUCUCUCCUUAUCAUCAGAUCUCAAACUUCAACAACAAUCACUCGCACUGCUUUAUCGUCUCUCCUCUCUACACCCUCCUUCCUCUCUCUCUUCGACCCUGCCUGCCAUAGCCGGUCCGUUAAAAGAUACCGAGAUACCGCGAUGGCUCACAUGGAUCACUCACCCGAAAGGGCGAACAGAACGAGAAACUCAUGCGCUCAUGUCGGCUUGUGUGGAAGAUGGGGCGUGGGCUUUGUUUCAAACUGGAGCCACAUCUUUCACGGGGAAAGGUAAAUCCAGAGCGGCGGUGCGGGAUGAAAGUGCGAUUGAUAGACUGUCCGGGGUAGAUGAGGAAGCUUGGGGUUUGAUAGAGUGGUUUGUGUCGUUGUGGGAGAAAGAUGAAGAGUGUUAUCAUGAAGAUCACCCGGAUACUUCUACUUAUAGCCCCAUGUUCGUUUGCCAAAUCCCGAGACCAUUCGGGGCUAGGUUACAGGCUGAUAAUUCGUCUUUGCCUUUGAUGGUAGUCAGAGCAGCUUUGAGAGAGCCUAUACAGAGACGACGUUUGUUGGUAGCAGCUAGGGUGUUGAAAUUGCUCAUACACACAGCUUUACCUCCUUCACCACCUUUCCACCCACCCUCUCUCCUCCUAUCUUUACUACAUCUCUUCCGACCCCUCCCUCUAUCUUCCUUCCAAACCCUCAUCUCCGCCCUUCAACCUCUGAUCCCGACCCACGUCUCCCUUCAUCUCCUAGCGCAGACUAUAGAAGAUCUCUCCGGGGUCAGAGCCGGUCGAGCGGAACAACGACGAUUCGGUACAAGAAAGGACUACGAAUCGACUUCUACAUUCGCGUCACCGACCGUUAUGUACACAUGCGAGCUGCUUACUCUUCCCUGUUCCCAUUCUUCUCGUACAUCUAAAACUACGAAAGAGGAGAGGAGAAAUGAUAGUGUUCGAACGAAAGACGAUAGGAAGGGAGAGGAUAAGAUGAGAAAAGUGGAGAGUGAAGAAGAGAAGAAAGAUGAAAAGAUGGUUUGGGUCAAAAUGAGAUUGUUAGCUUAUAUGUUGGCUCGGCAUCCGUUGAAACAAGGUGAAUGGGAGAUUACGCAGGAAUGGGAGAAAGAUGUAAAGAAGAGUCUGGGUAAUGCGGAGAGGACGAAAGCUGGUGAGAGUUUGUUGAAGUUGGUCGGGGUUGUAAGAGGGAGUAAGAAGGAUCAAUGA